AUGGCAGGACUUCUUUUGACCUUCUUGUAUUCUUUCCUGUCUUACUCUCAGGCCUAUUGUGUACGUGGUGGAUGUCGUGAAAGCGAUGGAUGGUGUCGUGUGCUCUGGGGCAAAACGGGUUACAGAGCCGGUGGUGAGUGUUUCCAGUUUAAUCUACCAACUCGGCUUAAUCCUCUUCAUCCGUACUCGGCGGCUCUGUCGGAUUCAGUACCAUCUGGUCCAGACUCCCCUUAUCCGGGCUCAUCCACGUCCUUCUGGCCAGCCGACGGGAUGACUACACAGACAACAUUGCUGCAGUCUAGUUCAACUGCUCAGCCUGUCAGGACGAUGUCUGGUAUCAACUCGGGUGUUGAGCCCGACUCGACACAACUACCAGAGGGGAACAGCAUAAAUGUCCCCCUCGAAUUUUCAGCUAGUUUGCCCUCUUCAUUGUCAUCAUUAUCCGCCAAUUCUCAUUCUUCUACUUGGCGCCACUUGCAGACUUCAGCCAUGGCCGCUGCUCGUGGCAGCGGAGCAAAAUCACUGCCACUCCACCACAUCGACUUAGUGGCCAACUGUGGCAAAUUAAGACCUGAGCCCGCAGACCGAUGGAACGACAUUAAAGCAUGGCCGGGCAAAGCUUGUCUGUCCAGGUAG